AUGAAUCUAGCAAAUUAUUCCUACUUCUCUGGCAUGUGCAACAUGACCGCAGAGCAAUCACCUGCCGAGGCAAGUCCUGUUGUCAUGUCUCCAAAUGUGAGCCUGGACUCGCCACUGCCUCCGCCGCCUUUGAUGCUGCAGGCCCGGUCAAAGGAAAGCAUUUUGAUCAAGUCCGAGCCCCGAGGAAACAGUCCCAACACGGAGGACGGAGGCGCUCUGGGUCAGACUGAAGAGCACCUGCCCUCGGGGAGCCGCAGGAGGAAGAGGCCCGUCCAGAGGGGGAAGCCUCCCUACAGCUACAUCGCUCUCAUCGCAAUGGCCAUUGCCAACUCCCCGGAGAGGAAACUCACCUUAGGGGGCAUUUAUAAGUUCAUAAUGGAGCGCUUUCCUUUCUACAGGGAGAACUCGAAGAAGUGGCAGAACUCAAUCCGCCACAACCUCACGCUCAAUGACUGCUUUGUGAAGAUCCCCCGGGAGCCCGGCAGACCAGGUAAAGGCAAUUACUGGACGUUAGACCCCGCAGCUGAGGACAUGUUUGACAACGGAAGUUUUUUGAGGAGAAGGAAAAGAUUCAAGCGCACAGACGUUAGCACAUACCCCGGUUACAUGCAGAGCUCCAGCGCUUUUACGCCAACGCCAAUGGGAAGGCCUUCGUAUCCAAACGCCCUGUAUGCCGGCAUAGGGUCAGGUUACGGCUCUCAGCUGACGGCCACAUCCCCACACCCAGCCAUGCUGCAUCAUUACCAGACCUCUGCUGGAGUCAGCCAAGGACAGCCGCGCAUGUUCAGCAUCGACAACAUCAUCAGUCAGCAGACGGUUGUGCAGAGCGGCCCAGUUGGGGACCUCAACUCCCAAGCGCUGGGGCUGGGUGGAGGCGAUCUGAGCACGAUGACCUCCAGCUGCUCGGUAACCGGCGCCGACCCGUCUGCUUGCUUCCAGACUCAGACUGUCAACCCGUCAGCGAACAUGCUGAGCAGAAACAGCGGGAACCUUUCAUCCAACCUGACCACCGGGUACCCAUAUUCCUCUCCGGCUUCUCCUCCAAAUCUACCCACCAUGACCCAGUCCGGAUUCUCCCCGGGCAGCUCCCAAGUGUACUGUACGAGCAACCGGCUCUCCCUACCGGCAUUGCGCCCGAGCUCCUGCGCCGAGCACUCGGAGCAGCUACUGGGCCUCUCCAGCCCCAUGAACUACAACAACACUUACAUGAGACAAGCCAACUUUGCGUCAGGAUUAGAGCGGUAUAUGUAA